UACUGACGUCAAAACUGAGCGUCGUAUUUCAGAGCACACACACGCAUUAAACGUUCAGUAAACGAAUCAUACUUUUAAACCCGCCGCGGUCUGUUUGUCCUCCGUGAAGCACACGCCGAGAGGACCAGUUUAUCACACUCAUAACUUAUCUGAACCACAGCUCGAAGAAAUGGCUGAAUCUGACGUGAACCCUAAAGCGUACCCUCUGGCUGAUGCCACCCUCAGCAAAACCAUCCUGGAUCUGGUGCAGCAGGCAGCCAAUUACAAACAGCUGAGGAAAGGGGCCAACGAAGCCACUAAAACCCUGAACCGGGGAAUCUCAGAGUUCAUCGUGAUGGCGGCCGACGCAGAGCCGCUGGAGAUCAUCCUCCAUCUGCCGCUGCUGUGCGAGGACAAGAACGUCCCGUAUGUGUUUGUGCGCUCCAAGCAGGCGCUGGGUCGGGCGUGCGGGGUCUCGCGGCCCGUCAUCGCCACCUCCGUCACCAUUAAAGAGGGCUCGCAGCUCAAACCGCAGAUCCAGAGUGUGCAGAUGGCCAUCGAGAGACUGCUCGUCUGACCCCUCACACUGUGUGCCUUUUACGUCUCAUUCUCAUCUCACUUCUGGGGAACACAAUGCUAAUGUAAAGGAGUAGUUCACUUCCAGAAUGAAAGUAUACAAUUUAUUUGUUUUAAAGAUAACUCAUGGACAAAAUGUAAGGUGGUUAUGAUGUCUGUUAAAGGGAUUAUGAAGGAAAAAUCCUGCAUGUUUUCCAUUAAAACACUUUUUUUUUCUUGACUAAAGGAGGAGAGAAAUAAACUAUUUAGAUUAAAACGACUCUCAAAAAGAUGAUUUUGCUGCUUGUUGAAACUACUCAUGCAAAAUGAGCUUAAACAAUGCAAUUCUUCAGAUUUAUUGGGAGAACUUCAUUGUUUUUUGUUCAAUCCAGUUAAAUUUGUUAAUCCAUUUGUGUUGGGGCAACCUGAAUGAAUUGUGUGGAACCCUGCAUUUUUUACUCUGUCUUUUCAUUUUGGAAGUGAACAAAUCCAAACUAGUGAGAGAGAGAGAAAAACUAGCUUUUUCAUGAUAUUUUUAAAAAUAAUUUCAGAUAAUAGAGUUUGUUUGUUUUAAUAAGAUUUAAAAAGAUAAUUAUCAAUCAUUUCUGAGACUUGUAUUAAAAGGAUGAUUCCAUGCGCAUCGCUGAACUGAAAUGCACUGAUAGAUUAGAUUUACUUUUUUUGAUGUAAGAAGUUGCAAACAAUUUAUGUGCUGAAUUUAAACAAACAAAUCAGAUUCAACAUUAUUAAAUUGAAUUUGUUUCAAUUCAGCCUAAAUCAAUUGUUUACAACUGCUUACAUUAAAAAAAACAAAGUAAAUCUAAUGAAUCAUUUAUUUUCAGUGUGUGUUUGAACACAGGAUUGAUCAUUUGCUGCUUUUCUAUUGGUUUAAUUGUAUUACACAUUGUAAUUACGUACGCUUACAGAUGGUCAGCAAAGUAUAUUGUUAGCCAGUGCUUCUCAACCACGUUCCUGGAGGACUACCAGCACUGCAUGUUUUGGAUGUCUCCUUUGUUUCAUCCGUUUCAGGCCUCUCUUUCAGUCUCUGAAUCAGGUGUGUUUGGUUGAGGAGACAUGAAAAAUGUGCAGAGCUGGUCGUCCUCUAGGAACGUGGUUGAGAAACACUGUUGUAAGCGACUGGUCAAACUUUUUUUUUCUUAAGCAAAUAUUGUAAAUAAAAUAUUUCCAUGUAGUUAAUUUGUGUUAUAUUCAUGAUUACUCCCGUCUCUGGGAUCAUCGGCUCCUUCAGAUAUCAUUAUUAUUAUUCAUGUAUACUUAAAAAUAAAAAAACUGUAACCUGUUA